GGAGACUAGGGCUUCCGGUUAAAGCCCUGUAUAAAUUCUCAAAAACCUUUCUUUUACAAUACUGAUUCCUGAGAUCCAAACCCUAGGCAUUAGCUGCUCGCAGUGCCGUUCACCCAAGGAGCAAUACCAAGCCAACAACAACAAUGACGUUCAAGAGAAGGAAUGGAGGGAGGAACAAGCAUGGUCGCGGACACGUCAAUUUCAUCCGGUGCUCCAACUGCGGAAAGUGCUGUCCGAAGGACAAAGCAAUCAAGAGAUUUCUUGUAAGGAACAUUGUUGAGCAAGCUGCUGUAAGGGAUGUCCAGGAAGCUUGUGCUUUUGAUAUGUACACUCUUCCCAAGCUGUAUGUGAAGAUGCAGUAUUGUGUUUCAUGUGCUAUUCACUCCAAAGUUGUCAGGGUGCGUUCGCGUACUGACAGGAGGAACCGUGAGCCUCCACAGCGAUUCAGGCGCCCAAGGGAUGAUAUGCCAAAGGCAGGUCAAGCACCACGCCCAGGUGGACCGCCAACUGCUGCCCGCACUUAAAAUCUGCUCAAUUAUUAGGAUUGUAAUGGGAUUUUAUAUUUCCAACUUUUCCGGUGCAUCCUGGUUUUUACUGAAUAUCAAAUUUGGAUUUAUCAUAUGGGAACAAUGUGGUUGUUCAAUGUGCAACAGAUGCUAGUAUGCAAAAAAAAAAAAA